UUCAAACAAAAACAAACUGUAGUGUUUUAUCUUACAAAAAGGUUAAAUAACUAGAUUGAUAAGACAGUUUCCAUGAAUGUGUUGAAGAAUUAAAAUACUAUGGAAAGAAAUAAUGAUAUAAUUAAAAGAGUUUUUCAAAGUAUGGAGUAUGGUAAAAAUACGCAAAGUGCUGAAAAAGCUUUGGAGUGGUUCAAGUCCAAAAAUUAUAAAUUUAGUUGUUUUUGUCUUGAAAAAGAAAUAGAAUUAUUCAACAAAAUUUCCACUGAAAAAUCAGUGCUUUGUACAGUGCAAAAAAAUAAAACUUUGCUUCAUAAUACAACAACCAAUUGGAGCACUUUCACACCUUUUAAAAUAUUUUCAACAUUAACCAAAUUUUCAGAUGAAAUUUACAAAAAUAUAGAAACUAUUUGCCAAAUUGAAAUGCUGACGAGAGGUUUACUUAAAAAGGACACAAAGAAACAAGCAAAUCUAAUGGGCGAUUAUAUAAAAUAUUAUUCGUCUUAUGCAAUGCGAUGCAAUAAUGAAAAAAAUGAUGAUUGUGAUUAUUACAUAGAAAUUAAUGAAACUACUGGGUUGUCGGUAAUAGGAGCUGCCCUAGGUAUAGGUAUGGCAAAUGGGUGGGAUAUAGUAUUCUUUUGCCCACCAUUGCUUGUCCCAAUUAUAACAUACAUUUUUGAACUCGGGCAAAAUGCUGGUGUUUCAGUGGGUGAUUUUAAAAUUCUUUCCUUAAACAAAACACAUGUUCCAUAUAUUAAAUGUGUUUAUUUUAAAGUUGAGAGAUUUAAGAUACCCAUGAUAAUUUUUGACAGCGCUGAUUUGGACGCCGCCUGCGAUUCCGUGACUGAAGCUGCUUGGGGUCACAUGGGCACUCUGCCCGAAUCCGUUGGCACGCUGAUAGUGCAGGAAAGCGUGUUCGAAUCGUUCGUGAAAAAACUGAAGGACGUCGUGAAAAGCGCGAGGAUCGGCAACGCGGCGGACGGCCUGGCCGACCUGGCCUACGCGGACAAACCGACCGCGGAGCGCCUGAUGCGCGAGGCGAGCGAGGCCAGAAAGCGGGGAAUCGAAGUUUUUCAGGCCGACGCCUCCUCCAAGACGUUUCAGCCCACUCUGUUUAUAGGGGCGGCCGCGCGCAGCAAUCGAGUCGUCGACGACGAUGCGCACCUGUCUUGCGGUGUUGCCGUGGUGUCGUUCAGGCACAUCGACGAGGCGGUCCGUUUGGCCGAAAACUCGAAGCAGGGGUACGCGGCUUCCGUUUGGACGGAAAACGUCGGCCUGGCCAAUGAAAUCGCCGCCAAAUUGAAUGUUGCUAAUGUAUGGUUAAAUGGGCAUGGUCUCUUUAGCGCAGAAGUACCAAUAUCUCCAAGAAAAGAUAGUGGUUGGGGAGUUAUUGGAGGGGAAGGUUACAGGCGACCAUCUGCUAAUCAUAACAUGGUUAUAAAUCAGUUAAAGCCUAAAGCUACCAAACCUAUGUUGAUAGAUAUUUUCUUUAAAACAGUAAAUAAUAUCAUGGAAAAUAAAAAUAGCCAUAUACCUGAAGAUAAAAAAGAACACUUGGUAACAUUAAUUUUUGAUUGUAUUACACGUAAAAGCCAGCAAAAUAGCAGCAAACUAAUCUCAGGCCAUAUGGUUAAUUCCUUAGAAGAACCCAUAGGACAAAUUGAUUUUAAUUUUGAAGAUUUUUGUAAUGAAAAAAUAAAAGCAAUUGUUCAGUCAAUAUUGGAUGGUAAUUCAAUAAUGGUCUAUGCAAAUGAUAAAGGUGCUUUAAUUUUAAAUGAGAUUUUCAAAUAUUUUCAAAAUGAUGUUAUAAAUAUAAAACCUUUAGACAACUCAACAAAAGGUAAACUUUAUUGUGAAGAUUUAUAUUUAUAUCGGGAAACAACUUGUUCAAAAAACAUAUGGACAAAUGUGGGUGCAUCAAGUCAAUAUAAAAUGUAAACUUUAAACUAAAAU